ACAAAAAUGGACAUAGCAAAAUCCGUUUUCGGUAGCAGAAAUGCUGAAGGAUACAGCAGCAAAGCAAUGACAGUGGACACCUUGUCUGAGGAUGAAGAUGAAAUUGUUGGUGCCAGUGGUGAAGGAGUUAGUGUAUCAUCUACAAACUACAUGUCCAAUAGCAGUCUGGAUUUCACUCCUACCCCAGGUGGACCCUUCUCAGCCCUUACACCUUCUAUGUGGCCAGAAGACAUCUUAUCCAAACUAAGAAAUCAGCCUGAAGAUCCAAAUGGCCAACUAGACUACAGAUAUGAUGAAUUUGGCUUCAAAGUUGAAGAAGAAGAUGGUCCUGAAGAGAACUCAAGUAAGUUGCUCAGUACACCAUUUAUAGAGGAUGCCCAACAUCGCUUGAAAUGGACAGCUUAUUUAGAGUUUACACACAACAAUGAAGUGGGUGACCUGACCUGGGAUAAGGUUGAGCCACGCCUGCCACGCUCAGAAAAGCUGAGACUAAUGGUGCGACAGGGAAUCCCACACUCUCUGAGAAACCAGAUUUGGAUGAGGCUUUCAGGAGCUCUAGAGAAAAAACAAAAAUCAGAUCUUACAUACAAGGAUAUUGUAAAGGCCAGUUCAAAUGAUCAUCUCAUGACAUCAAAACAGAUUGAAAAAGAUCUUCUGCGGACUAUGCCAAGCAAUGCCUGCUUCUGUAAUGUACACAGUACAGGGAUACCACGUUUACGUCGAGUUCUACGGGGUCUUGCCUGGCUCUAUCCAGACAUUGGGUACUGUCAGGGAACUGGUGUGAUAGCCUCAUCUCUGCUCUUGUUUAUGGAGGAGGAGGAUGCCUUCUGGAUGAUGUGUGCUAUAAUAGAGGACCUGUUACCAGCCUCCUAUUACAGUAGCACUCUUAUUGGGAUACAGGCAGAUCAAAGAGUGAUGCGACAGUUAAUCAUCAGUUAUCUCCCUGAUACAGACCUUGUAAUGAAGGAGCAUGAUAUAGAACUAUCCCUGAUUAGUCUACACUGGUUCCUUACCCUAUUUGCAAGUGUGGUACACAUGAAGGUCCUGCUGAGAGUGUGGGACCUCUUCUUCUACGAGGGCUCCACUAUCUUAUUCCAGAUGACCAUGGGCAUGCUCAAAAUGAAGGAACAUGAACUGAAGACUCUUGAUAAUUCAGCCCAGAUUUUCAAUGCCCUUUCUGAUGUACCAGGUGAUGUACAGGAUGUUGAAGACUUAAUAGAUAUAUCCUUUCGUACAUGUGGAUCACUGACGGAUAUGGUGAUAGAAUCUCAUAGAAGGAAACACCUGGCAUAUCUUAUGGCAGAUCAGGGGGUCAUUGUCAACCCAGACUCCACAAAGAACCUUCCCAAACAGCAACUCAACAAACGUCACAUACGUCGAUCAAGAAGUUUGGUGUCAAUGUUGCUAUGGGGUGAUCAAGAAGAUGAUGAUUUUGGAAAGGCCAAAAACAUUCGUCAGACAGAGCUGCUUGUGGACAUGAGAGAGGCCAUUUUACAGUUAGCACGGCAUUUUCAGUCACUUGACCCAAAGAACAAUAAAGUGAAUCUGAUAGCAGAUUACACAAUGGAUAGUCAUGCCAGGGACUUGGAAAAUUAUGUGAACGUGGCCAGGAACAAGCGGAGAAGAGCAAAAGCAUUACUAGACUUUGAACGACACGAUGAUGAUGAGCUAGGUUUCAGAAAAAAUGAUGUGAUAACAAUCAUUUCACAGAAGGAUGAGCACUGCUGGGUGGGGGAACUCAAUGGUCUCCGGGGCUGGUUCCCUGCCAAGUUUGUGGAGCUCCUUGAUGAGAGAAGUAAGCACUACUGUUCUGCUGGAGAUGACUCGGUCACAGAAAACAUCACAGAUCUUGUUAGGGGCACAUUAUGCCCAGCAUUGAAAGCAAUAUUUGACCAUGGUCUGAAGCGGUCCUCCAUACUGGGCACCACUUGUCAUCCAUGGCUGUUUGUAGAAGAGGCAGCGACACGAGAAGUUGAGAAGGACUUCCAGUCAGUGUAUUCCAGACUUGUGUUGUGUAAGACCUACAGAUUGGAUCAGGAUGGGAAAGUGUUGACACCUGAAGAAAUCUUGUAUCGGGCAGUUCAAGCUGUCAACAUAUCCCAUGACACAUGCCAUGCACAAAUGGAUGUCAAGUUCAGAUCACUGAUCUGCUGUGGGCUAAAUGAACAAGUAUUGCACCUUUGGCUGGAGACGCUGUGUUCAUGUGUGGAGGUCAUCAGUAAAUGGUAUCACCCUUGGUCCUUCAUGAGAAGUCCAGGUUGGGUUCAGAUCAAGUGUGAACUCAGAAUUCUAGCAAGGUAUGCCUUCAACCUUAACAUCGACUGGGAAUUGGACAAGAGGUUACCUCCUAAACCUGUACGGGACAUCACAGAAUCUGUAUCAGAUAUUCUUGUCAAACACCACCUGUUCAGCUGGGAACUCUAA